GGCGAUCGGGCGAGGCCGCCGCAACGGGCCCCCGUCCGCCCGGUUCCCCUCGUCCCACCAUGGCCUCGGCGAGCCGCUCGUCCCCGCUGGACGGGCUGGAGCUGAGCUCGGAGGAGGCGGAGCGGCUGAGCCGCGCCUUCCGGGAGCCGGAGUUCCGGCGGCUCCUGGGCGAGUACGCGGCCGAGCUGGCGGACCCGAGCAACCGGCGCCAGUACGAGGCCGAGGUGACGGCGCUGGAGCGGGAGCGGGGCGUGGACGCCCGCUUCGUGCACCCGGAGCCGGGCCACGUGCUGCGCACCAGCCUCGACGGGGCCCGCCGCGGCUUCGUCAACGUGUGCGGCAACGCGCUGAUCGGGCCGCCCCGCUGCCGGCCCGCGCCCGGGCCCGGCCGCGGCCACCACUGGUCCCUGCCCUACAGCCUGGCCCCGGGCCGGGAGUACGCCGGCCGGGGCGGCCGCUACACCGUCUACGAUGUGGUCUUCCACCCGGACGCGCUGCGGCUGGCCCGCCGCCACCGGCCUUUCCGCCGCAUGCUGGACGCCACGGCCCUGGACGCGGUCGAGAAGCAGUUCGGGGUGGAGCUCGACCGGAGGAACGCCCAGACCCUCCGGGGCUGCGGCUACAAGGGCACGCCGGAGCCCGCCGUGAUCCGCUCGCCGCUGCCCGGCGGACCCCCGGCCCGGCCCAGGGAGGAGGAGGAGGAGGAGGGGGAGGAGGAAGGGGAGGAGCCGGGCUGUCGCCUGCCCGCCUUCCCCUACCCCACCCCCUACCCGGCGGCGCCCCGGGCCCCCGCCCCGCAGCCGCCGGCCCCGCCUCCCGCCGCCCCCGCCCCGACCCGGCCGCGCUACGGCAUCUCCCACCGCCACCACGUGGACCUCCAGGACUACCGCUGCUCCCGGGACUCGGCGCCGGGCCCGGUCCCGCGGGAGCUGGUGGUCACCAUCGAGCUGCCCCUGCUCCGCUCGGCCGCCCAGGCCGCCCUGGACGUGAGCGAGAAGGAGCUGCGGCUGGAGUCCCAGCAGCCCGCCUACCGGCUCCGCCUGGCGCUCCCCUACCCGGUGGACGACAGCCGGGGCGCGGCGCGGUUCGACAAGGCCAAGGGGCAGCUGGUGGUCACCCUGCCCGUGGUCCCGCCACGCCGCCCGCCCGACGACGCUAUCCCGGUCUCGCCACCGGCAGGGAGUGAGGGGUGUGUCGAGCUGGCCGGAACCAUUCGCUCUCCCGCCCGUGUUUCCCCCCGAGGGGCGGAGCCGGUGGGACCGGGCGGGUCGGAGGGCCAAUCGCAGGCCGCGCCUGCGCAGUGGCGGGAAGGCGGUGCUGCCGGAGCCUGGUUUCCGGUCGGGUCCCCGCCGGCGGCGCCAGCCCGUCAGCCAACGGAGCCCGACACGGCCCAUGGCGGCGGCCGCGGCCCUGAGGGGAAAACGGGCGGCGGGGGCGGGGGCGGGGGCGGGCCGCGGCGGGGGGCCUCCGGGGGAGCGGGGUUAGCGGCGGGCCGGGCACGGGGCGCCGGGGAGGGGCCCGGCCCCGGGGGGAGCAGGGAGCCCACCUGCCCCCCUGUUGGGGCCCACCAGGACGAGGACCGGUGCACCCUAAUCGUCCCGGUGGCCCGCAUCCAACCCCAAAGCCUCCGGGGAGCCCUCACCCCCCGGCACUACCAGCUCAGCUUCUUCACCCGAGAUUGCACCCAUUACUCCUGCAUCCUGCGGUUCCCUCCCGAAAACCGGCUGAGCUUGCAAGAGCCCGCCGUUAGCGUCUCUCCGAGCAAUGCGGUGAUCGAACUGGCCAAAGCGCCAGAGAGCCGGGGGCACUGGGCAAAGUGGUACUUCGGCCUCAACACCCGCACUUUGCAGGAAAGACUUUUUAUUAGUGAAGAAAAUGUUGAUGGAUUUCUGGACGAUUCCUUGGGCUCACAAAUCUUUGAACAGUCAGGCCCAGAAACCCAGCCAUUAAUUGAAGUUCUCGAAGUGACUGAUAACAAGAGUCGAAUUCAUCUAAAGUCAGGAGAAGUGGAUGGCUCUUGUCAACUUGAUGAAAAAGGACAAAGAGCUAACAAUACAGGAAGAGAUGUGCCUGAAACUAAGGAUGAUAUUAAGCUCCAAACAAAUACAGAAAAUUGUAGAGCUGUCACGGACCCGGUUGAGGAAGAACAUCCGAGGGAAAGCAACAAACCCUCCGAGCUGCUUGGGGCAGCUAAAGAAGAGGAAGAAGACGGCAGUCAAACACCUUAUUGCGUGCAGUGCAAAUCCGCUGGUGCUUCUUUACCGAUUGCUGGAAACCCUCAGCUACUUGAACCCAAUUUAGAACUUGGAGUCACAAAAGAAAACCAGCCCGUUGUCUCAAACAAUGAACAGGAAACUUUGAAAGAAGGUUCACUGAUGGAAGAGAGAGAGCUGGAUGAAGACAGUACACCUUCAGAGCCAGCAGAUAUAUCGGCAGUUGGGCAGGGACCCGAGCUUUCAAGUAUAAAAGAAACCAAUAUGCAAGAUGGAAGUGUGCAGAUUAUUAACGAUCACGUGACUCGAUGUGCGGUCACUUUUCAGAACUCUUUAUUGUACGACUUGGAUUAAUUGAGGGCCAGUGUGGGGUAUUAUUUUAGCCGAUUAAAGAUUAACCGAUGUGGACCACAUUCCCUUGUCUCCAGUAAACAUUAACUACACAAAAUUCAGAACUCGAUAGGCAAAUAAUGCAACUUUAUUUUCAAAUACAGUCUUAUAACUUUAAGCAGGUAACCUCGUAAAUAAUGAUUGGAAAUAGUAAACAUUGUAUUUAAAAGCCUCUUAUUAUAGGAAUUAGUUUUCCAAUUGCCAAAAGGUAUGCGUGUAAUUCCUCUAAAUUUGGAGUUGUCAAAUCUAACUUCUGUCAUAGAAAUGCUUUGGGUGCUUUAAAAAUAAGUUGGCUUAAGAGUUUGUAUUUGUCAUAUGAAUAAAGCCUUGAAGUUGAAAAA